CCUUCUUCUUCUUCUUCUUCUCCAGGAUAGACAAUGGUCAAUAGACAGUGGCGUCGCGGCCAGACCAUCGGCCGCGGCUCGACCGCUACCGUCUCCCUUGCCGCCGCCUCCCCCUCAGGCCACCUCUUCGCCGUGAAGUCGGCCGAGCUCUCUCUCUCCGCCCACCUGCAAAGAGAGCAAGCCAUCCUCUCCUCCCUCCACCACCCGAACAUCGUGUCCUGCCUCGGCUUCGACGUCGCUGCCGAAGCCCCCUGCGCGCCGCUUUCCUACAACCUCUUCUUGGAGUACGCCCCCCUUGGUUCGCUCUCCGAUUGCAUGAUGAAGCACGGCGGCCGCUUAGAAGAGGCUGCGAUCCGUUCCUAUACGGGCGGCAUGCUCCGCGGCCUCGCUUACCUCCACGCGAAGUCCUUCGCGCAUUGCGACGUCAAGAGCCAAAACGUCCUGAUAUGGCCGGACGGGCGCGCCAAGAUAGCGGAUCUCGGGUGCGCGCGCUCGAUUGCGGGGGACGGCGACGCGGGGCAGCCGAUCGCGGGCACGCCGAUGUUCAUGGCGCCGGAGGUGGCGCGAGGAGAGGAGCAGGGCGCUCCGGCCGACGUGUGGGCGCUCGGGUGCACCGUCAUCGAAAUGGCCACCGGGAGACCGCCGUGGCCCGACGUCGUCGAUCCGGUCGCCGCCCUGCACCGUAUCGGCUUCACAUGUGACGUCCCGAAGCGCCCCACCUGGUUGUCGGACGAGGCCAAGGACUUCUUGGACAAGUGUUUGAGGAGGGACGCGAGAGAGCGGUGGCCGGCGGAGCAGUUACUGGAGCACCCGUUCGUGGCGAAGCCGAGUACAACUAGCUGCUUAUCUGAGAGUGCUCUCGACCAGGAAUGGAUUUCCCCAAAGAGCACACUGGAGCAGGUCUUAUGGGACUCUGUGGCAGACGAAGAAGAAGAAGACGAAGAGAUGGAGGCGGAGGAGAGGAUUCAGCAACUGGCCACGUCCGGCUUUCCGACCGCCAACUGGGCACAGGAUGACGAUUGGAUCACAGUAAGGAUCAGCGAGGAGGAAUCUACUGCUGUUCCAGUAGAUGGUGAUGAAGACAACGUUGGAUUUGGUGUUAAUGCUCAUCACAGUAAUGCUGUAGCGACGGCAGAGGAGAGAGAAUUAUGUACACCUGUUAGAUAUGUUGAUAAUGAAAUGUGUUCUUUGAUUAUUUGAAGCGUUUUCUCUUUUAUA